AUGGAAAAAACCGUGCUGACACAAAAAAAUUUCACUGAAGAAGAAACAACAGAUAAUAGUGAAGAAACAACAGGGACCAUUGAUCCUUCAGCAACUCCAUUUUCACCAACAGAUUUCACUGAAGAAGAAACAACUGAUGACAGUGAAGAAACAACAGCAGGGACCAUUGAUCCUUCAGCAACUCCAUUGUCACCAACAGAUAAUAGUGAAGAAACAACAGGGACCAUUGAUCCUUCAGCAACUCCAUUUUCACCAACAGAUUCCACUGAAGAAGAAAUAACAGAUAAUAGUGAAGAAACAACAGGGACCGGUGAUCCUUCAGCAACUCCAUUUUCACCAACAGAAACAUUGAUAAGUACAGAGGAUACCUCAUCUGUAACUGAUAUAUCAACUAAUGAAGAUACAUCAACUAAUGAAGAUACAUCAACUAAUGAAGAUACAUCAUCUGUAACUGAUAUAUCAACUAAUGAAGAUACAUCAACUAAUGAAGAUACAUCAACUAAUGAAGAUACAUCAUCUGUAACUGAUAUAUCAACUAAUGAAGAUACAUCAACUAAUGAAGAUACAUCAACUAAUGAAGAUACAUCAACUAAUGAAGAUACAUCAACUAAUGAAGAUACAUCAACUAAUGAAGAUACAUCAACUGUGGCCGAUACCUCAUCUGUAACUGAUCUAUUAACUAGCGAGGAUGCAAGUGUGACCCAUACCUUUGUAACUGAUCUAUCAACUGAUGAUGAUACAGAUGUGACUUCUAUCUCACCUGGACCAGAUUCAUCAACUGAUGAUGAUACAGAUGUGACUUCUAUCUCACCUGGACCAGAUUCAUCAACUGAUGAUGAUACAGAUGUGACUUCUAUCUCACCUGGACCAGAUUCAUCAACUGAUGAUGAUACAGAUGUGACUUCUAUCUCACCUGGACCAGAUUCAUCAACUGAUGAUGAUACAGAUGUGACUUCUAUCUCACCUGGACCAGAUUCAUCAACUGAUGAUGAUACAGAUGUGACUUCUAUCUCACCUGGACCAGAUUCAUCAACUGAUGAUGAUACAGAUGUGACUUCUAUCUCACCUGGACCAGAUUCAUCAACUGAUGAUGAUACAGCUGUGACUUCUAUCUCACCUGGACCAGAUUCAUCAACUGAUGAUGAUACAGAUGUGACUUCUAUCACACCUGGACCAGAUUCAUCAACUGAUGAUGAUACAGCUGUGACUUCUAUCUCACCUGGACCAGAUUCAUCAACUGAUGAUGAUACAGCUGUGACUUCUAUCUCACCUGAACCAGAUUCAUCAACUGAUGAUGAUACAGCUGUGACGUCUAUCUCACCUGGACCAGAUUCAUCAACUGAUGAUGAUACAGCUGUGACUUCCAUCUCACCUGGAUCAGAUUCAUCAACUGAUGAUGAUACAGCUGUGACGUCUAUCUCACCUGGACCAGAUUCAUCAACUGAUGAUGAUACAGCUGUGACUUCUAUCUCACCUGGACCAGAUUCAUCAACUGAUGAUGAUACAGCUGUGACUUCCACCUCACCUGGAUCAGAUCCAUCAACUGAUGAUGAUACAGAUGUGACUUCUAUCUCACUUGGACCAGAUUCAUCAACUGACGAUGAUACAGCUGUGACUUCUACCUCACCUGGAUCAGAUUCAUCAACUGAUGAUGAUACAGCUGUGACUUCUAUCUCAUCUGGACCAGAUUCAUCAACUGAUGAUGAUACAGCUGUGACUUCUAUCUCACCUGGACCAGAUUCAUCAACUGAUGAUGAUACAGCUGUGACUUCUAUCUCACCUGGACCAGAUUCAUCAACUGAUGAUGAUACAGCUGUGACUUCUAUCUCACCUGGACCAGAUUCAUCAACUGAUGAUGAUACAGCUGUGACUUCUAUGUCACCUGGACCAGAUUCAUCAACUGAUGAUGGUACAGCUGUGACUUUUACAUCACCUGGACCAGAUCCAUUAACUGAUGAUGAUACAGCUGUGACUUCUAUCUCACCUGGACCACAUCCAUUAACUGAUGAUGAUACAGCUGUGACUUCUACCUCACCUGGACCAGAUCCAUCAACUGAUGAUGAUACAGCUGUGACUUCUAUCUCACCUGGACCAGAUCUAUCAACUGAUGAUGGUACAGCUGUGACUUCUACCUCACCUGGACCAGAUCCAUCAACUGAUGAGGAUACAGCUGUGACUUCUAUCUCACCUGGACCAGAUCCAUCAACUGAUGAUGAUACAGCUGUGACUUCUACCUCACCUGGAUCAGAUUCAUCAACUGAUGAUGGUACAGCUGUGACUUCUAUCUCACCUGGACCAGAUCCAUCAACUGAUGAUAGUACAGCUGUGACUUCUAUCUCACACGGACCAGAUCCAUCAACUGAUAAAGGUACAGCUGUGACUUCUAUCUCACCAGGACCACAUCCAUUAACUGAUGAUGGUACAGCUGUGACUUCUAUCUCUCUUGGACCAGAUCCAUCAACUAAUGAAGGUACAACUGUCACUGAUACCAUACCUACAACAGAUACAUCAAAUGGGGAAUUUACAUCAGUGAGUGAAACUUUACCUGUAACCAAUCUGUCAACUGACAAAGAUACACCAACUGCAAACAAUUUAGAUACAUCAACUGAUACAGAUUCACCAACUGUAGGCGACUCAUCAGAAACACAAACAUCUCAUGUAAGUGGCCAGACAGGAGCAGAGAUUUCUACAGUAACAAUUCUUGAAACUUCUCAUUCAACCGAUCACACUUUGGAUAUAACAGCAGAAACACCCUCUGUAACUGGUGCUACAGAAACCGAAACACCUACAUUGACUGGAACAGUAGCAAAAACAUCUCCUGUUACUGGCAUAACAGAAUCUGAAAUAACAUCAUCACCUGGAACCGUGGCUGAUAUUUCUCUUGCAACUGAUAUAACACAGGCAACAUCACCCAUAAAUACUGCCACAGGAACAGUAACGCCUUCUUUGACUGGUUCAACCUCAGAUAUUUCCCAAGUAACUGGCCCACCAGGACCUGAAACAAGUCCAUCAAGUGUAACAAUGGGAGUCAUCUCUACUAUAACUACAAAAAUUGAAUCUGAAACACCUUCUGUAGCAACUAACGAAGUGUCUCAGGAAACUGUCACAAUACCACCUGCAUCCUCUGGGGCAACAACACAGGCAUCUUCUGAAAAAACUGUAGAAUCCUCAUCAGCUGUGGACAUAACAGAAUCUAAAACAUCUACAACAGUUGGGACAUCAUCAGGAACCCUGGAUGCAACAGCUAUAACGGGAUCUUUACCAUCUCCAGCAGGUGCUACAACAGUAAAAUCAACAGCAACUGAUACGAUGGUUCCUAAAACAGGUCCAACAACAGAAAUUUUACCUGUAACAUCUACAACAGCUGGGGUAACAUCAGGAACCCUGGUUGCAACAGAUAUAACAAGAUCUUUACCAUCUCCGGCAGGUGCUACAACAGUAAAAUCUUCAACAGCAACUGAUACGAUGGUUCCUAAAACAGGUCCAACAACCGAAAUUUCACCUGUAACAUCUUCAACAGCUGGUGUAACAUCAGGAACCCUGGUUGCAACAGAUAUAACAAGAUCUUUACCAUCUCUGGCAGGUGCUACAACAGUAAAAUCUUCAACAGCAACUGAUACGAUGGUUCCUAAAACAGGUCCAACAACCGAAAUUUCACCUGUAACAUCUUCAACAGCUGGGGUAACAUCAGGAACCCUGGUUGCAACAGAUAUAACAAGAUCUUUACCAUCGCCGGCAGGUGCUACAACAGUAAAAUCUUCAACAGCAACUGAUACGAUGGUUCCUAAAACAGGUCCAACAACAGAAAUUCCCCCUGUAACUUAUACAACAGGACCUAAAAUAAGUGAAGCAACAACAAAACCCUCACCUCCAAAUUCUCAGACAUCUCCAGAGGCCCAAAGCACAGAAAAACUUACCACUGUGCAAUCUACCACCACAACAACGGUUGUCACCACAACUUCAGUCAAUAUCUGUCAGAAUGGCGGAGUCUUUGAUGGGAUAAAGUGCAACUGUGAUGAUAAGCAUUUUUUCGGGACCUAUUGUGAGACAGUUUUAGACCGGUUUGAAAUGGAUACAAAAGUGAACACAUAUGUCAAUGUCACACUGCGAUUUCCCCAACAAUCAUAUGAAGAGUAUGAAAAAGAUCAAGGCAAAUUUGAGGAAGAGUUUAAAACUGCGAUGAGAACGACCUAUACAGAUAUCCCAAAUUACAAGGAUGUUGAAAUUAUACAAGUACGACGUGGAAGUGUUAUUGUGGACCAUGUGGUCAUCAUAGAACUGGACUUCAUCCUCCAUGAUAAUUUGACUAAGGAAUAUGAGAAUGUUUGUGAUAAAAUAGUUAGUGGACUGAAUGAUCAAAUAGAUGCCAACUGCACCGAAGAAGACACCAACAGCAAUGUUGCAUUCUGUUUUUCUAACCCCCCAAAUGUAACCAGACAGAACGUGUCGUCUAUUGUGGAUUUCCAAGCCAAGUGCACAGAAGUUGUUCCAAAAGGCUAUGAAGAGUAUUUUAUUCCCAUUAUAACUUCGGGUAAACUGAUCUGUGUGUCUCACUGCGAUCGUUUUUCUCCAGAAUUCUAUGAAUGUAAUAGUGGGAGAUGUGAAAUUGAGAAUAACACAGGACCUCAUUGCUUAUGUUCUCGUACAGAUCUAUACUUUUAUACAUCUUCAGGGUGUAAAGGGAGAAUGCUGAAAUCCGGUUUGUAUGGAGGAGUUGGGGCAGCCAUCGCCGUGUUGGUGAUUGGAAUUGUCACUGUGGGAGUUUUCCUGUUCCGUGCCACACAUGGGAAAAAAAAGGACAUGAUUAUUGAUGACGACAAUGAUACAUGGCAUGAAGAUGGUAACGAUGAAUGGGAUGUAAAGGGAGUUACCAACCUGGGUGGAGAAUCAGAUUAUACAGAUGAUGGCUCAUCCAGGACCAGCGAUUCUGGUAAAAAGCCAUUCAAAGCCCAACUGGACGUAGUAGACACAAAUAUUCAGAUCAAAAUACAGAGACCAGUGAUAUCCUAUUCAUAAAUCAGAUUCAUUGGAAAAAGGAAGAAAAGCCCUAUACACUCUUGGGUAUUUUCAAAGGAUGGCAUAUAUAUGAACAUUAUUACUCUGGAAAAGCUGAUGAAGAGUCAUUGGAACUGAACCUGGAUUUUCGUCUUUAUGGUCACUGUAUGUACUGACAGAUAAUAAUCGUAUACACCUAAGAGACGAGUCUUGGCCAUCCUCAGAUCUCCGUUCAUGGUUGAAUAUCUUUUUCUUUUUCUGUAUCUGCCAUCUGGCGUACUAAAAUACUAAAGUUUUUAUGAUGCUGAAAAUUAUAUUUCUGCAGACCAAUGUAAUGUUUUGUUUAACCACUUGCUUACUGGGCACAUAUACCCCCUUCCUGCCCAGGCGAAAUUUCAGCUUCCGGCA